CGAGGCUUGUUAUAAAUAUUACAAUUUCUUGUUAUCCCUGCCAUUAUUUUUUAAAAACGCUACCGAGACAUUGCUUUCACGCUGGUCUCUCAGACAUAUUUGCUUCUAGCUGUGCGGAUGGUGGAGUUUGACAGUUAAUUAAUUUGAAAAUAUUUUCCACGUGUGAAAUUUAUUUUCUUAUCGAGUUUAGAAAAUUUUAGAACACGACUUGAUGACAUAUGAAAACUUGCUAAAAGUGAAAAUGGUCUUUGCUAAUGGUUUCUGGAAUCAUUUAGGCAUUUAAUGCUAAGCGUUGCCUGCAAAAAUUCGCCCAGUAAAAAAUUACAACUGGCAAUUAGAAUUUUUCAAAGCAACAAUUCUGAAACCAAAAACUUUCGCCAAGCAGAUAUUUAGGAGGAAUUUGGUGAGUUGCGUUAAAAGUCCCUUGAUUGAUUUGAAACCAAGGGGAUACCUUUGUUGAUUUAUUAGAGUUUUAAUACUCUUCGUGCGAAUUUACUUCAGUUUUACUACAAAUUUUUCAUCAUAAACAUAUUAAAUUGAAAAAGCAGACGAUAGCUCAGCACGUGCUCCUUUAUCAAGAUGAUGAUGAUGGCGGAUUAUCGGAGUUGCCGUUAUGAACCAAGCCACCAGAGCUACGCUGGACAUCCGCUAGUAGCAGGCGAAAUGCCAGAGGGGCGUCAAUUGACGGAUUUAUCUUAUACCAAUUCACCGGGGAACCCCGAUUACUACGCUACAAACAACGUAACAUUUCACCGCCAUUUCGAACGUCCCUACGGCACUGAGAUGUAUUCUUACCAAUCUACAAAUAUUCCUUCAAGGACAUUUUUCACCCCUUUGCAACCUUCUUCUGACCCACCAAACGUAAAAUCCGAAGUCUGUUCGCGUUCGAAAGAUCAGCGGCAAUAUUCUGAAAUGAAGGAUGCCAAAACCGAAACUGAGAUUGAAUGUGAAGUUAAACUGAUAAAAGGUGAAUCGUUUGAAAAAUUCAAUGAAAAACAUUCUUCUGAGUGUGGUUCCCCAGAAAAAGAGGAUUCCAUUGACAGGGACAGUCUUGGAUCCGAUGACGGAGACGACCAUGUACCUCAUGUUUUAGCGCCAGGAUUUCACGGACCAAAUCGAAGGUGUCUACUCUGGGCUUGUAAGGCUUGUAAAAGAAAGACUGUUACUAUCGAUCGACGAAAGGCAGCUACACUCCGGGAAAGAAGACGACUCCGGAAAGUCAACGAAGCGUUUGAAACACUAAAACGAAGGACGUGUCCAAACCCUAAUCAGAGACUUCCGAAGGUAGAAAUUUUACGGAACGCCAUAGAAUAUAUAGAGAGUCUAGAAGAAUUAUUACACGGUAAUAGGAUUCCUCGGAAUGACGACCAUGUCAACGAUACAGGCUCGACCAGUGGCAGUUCAGAUUAUAUGACGGUGAAUAGUCCUCAGUACUUCGAUAAACUCCAUCAUUUAGCGGAGGUCCAUGGCAGCUAUCCACACGGAAACGGUUACGACCAUCACCAACAAACAUCUGCGCAGGCGCAACAACAGCCUCAAGGCGGAAACGUAUCUAGUUUAGACUGUUUGUCUCUGAUUGUUGAGAGCAUUAGUCCCAACACAUCGUCUGGAAUGAUGACUGGAAUUUCACCACCGGAGCGUCCUCUGUAAAACACGAGACGACUUAAUAAAUUUAGUGAUUAGAAUAUUUUUUUAAACUUGUGAACGUCCAAUCCUGAAUGGCAAACUGGUCUACCUUCAGUGUCUUCAACAGUGCACCGGUACUGUAGCGCAAAGACAUAUUUAAAUAGAAGUUUCGCCAUUGCAAAAACGUUUUGAGCAUCACAACGUGGCAAGGCAAAAUGAUGCCUGAAUUAUACAAGACGAUUAUUUCCUGUCUCUUUCGUCUUGAGUGAAUUACAACGACUUCUUUUUAUGUGAAAUCAACCCAUGUAAUAUCGAAUAUUGAUGCAUUACUUUGUAACAUUUCGGACACAAAUUCUGAUUUCUUUGACACAAAACAUGCAACACUGAUUAUUAUCGCUGAAUCAACACUCAAAGACGGAAGGGGCUUCAGCUCAUACUAGAGUGUUCACAGUCGCGAUCCAAUUAUGUAAGGGGAAGCGGAAGGUUUAAUUUAAUGUGUAUUUUCCUAAUCGAAAUCAUUUUGUCAAUAACGCAUUCUUCGAAAAACUUCGAACACAAAAGCUAAAUUUGUAACCGUGCAAGUCAUGUUCGAGGCUUUGUACACUUCAGGCCCAUAAGGAACUCUCCAUUUUUUCUGUUUAGCUUUGGAAGUUUGAAGUGUUAUAUAUCAUCAUUUUCAUCAUUACUAUGACAUUAAUUAAUCUUUAAAUGGGCAGCUGGCAAUUUAGUAAGCAUUUUGACGCGAAAAUGUAUGUACAGCACAGAUGUAAUAUAUAUGUAAAUAACUUUUAAAGUGAUUUCUGACACAUUGUCUU